AUGGCUCCUCACGCCGACUUGGAUGAAAAUGGAGAAACUGUCGUCCGCCUGCCCGCACCCGAAAGACCGCCCUUCUCCUCAUCCCCGCCGCGCAUUCUAAUUAUCGGCGGGGGAAAUCGAGGCCUUGUGUACUCCAAGGCAAUCCAGAAAAGCACCAACGGCGUCAUUGCCGGCAUCGUGGAGCCUAUUGCUGUGAAGCGACACCACAUCGGUCGGAAAUACAUCUGGGGCAACAAGAAACCAGCCGAGGGCCAGGAGUUCCAAAACUGGACGCAGUUCAUACAGUGGGAGACGGAGCGGCGGCUGAAAGCCACGGCUGGCCGAGGCGUGCCAGCCGGAGUGGAUGCUGUAUUCAUAUGCGUGCAGGACCAGAUGCACCGGGAUGUUGUCCUGGGUCUGGCGCCAUUGAACCUGCACGUCAUGUGUGAGAAACCUCUUGCUCCAAAUUUGGAUGAUUGCGUGGCGAUAUACAAGGCACUUCUGCCUGACCCAUCGGUAGCGCCGUCAAAACUCUUCUCCGUCGGUCAUGUCCUCAGGUACAGCCCGCACAAUAUGUUGCUACGGAAGCUUUUAGUCGAGGACAAAGUCAUUGGCGACGUUAUGGCUGUCAACCACACAGAGCCCAUAGAGGAAAUUGGCGAAAAGAAUCCAUGUCUGCACCGUCUCUUCUCGCAAAAUCGUGCCACGAUAUGGAUAUACUUUAUUGGCUGUUGGCUGUUGGUGCACCAGGGUCUUCGAAGCCAAUCCAUGUCCCCCGAGACAUCACCUCUUCUGGAUCGCUUCAGCACUUCAGGAAAUCCCGAAAACCAGUGGAGGCCGGAGAUGCUACAAACUGCUUGUCUUGCGCCUUCGAACCUUCCUGAUCGUUGGUCCCGGAUAGCCUGUCCGGACAUGGAGGAAUAUAUUACUUCUCGCGGUCCUGACGCCGGAAAGGAGGCGUUGCUCGAGAAGCUUAGAGAGGACUACGACUUGCACGCGCCCCCGGAUGUGAUCAGUAGUCGAAACUGGUUCGGCCGCUGCGUAUACGAGGCCGACAAUGAUGUGUGCGAUAAUCAGACAGUCACGCUGAGAUGGGAAGACGAUCCCGUGGCAACUGAAGGAGAGUCAGACCUCGAGGCGCUGGCAGGCAGGGGCAGCAAGACUGCAACGCUGCACAUGGUGGCCUUCACAAAGAAGAUAUGCCAGCGUUUUACUCAUAUAUAUGGAGCAGACGGCGAGAUCUCCGCAGAUAGCUCGUCCAUUGCGGUUGAGGACUUUAAAACUGGACAAAAGAAGGUCUAUUAUCCAUACGUACCCAAAGAUGGUGGACACGGCGACGGGGAUGAGGGGCUAGCCCGUCAAUUCGUUCUAGCCGUCGACAAGGUUAAAAAUCACGGUUGGGAUGUAGCAUGCGCCCAAAAGGAGUAUAUUGGUUGUUCCUUGGAGGACGUGAUAAUGAGCCACAGCAUGGUCUUUGCAGCAGAGGAGGCAAGGAAGAACAGGACAGUGGUAGACUUUCCAAGCUGGUGGGAGGAGAUGGUUGUAGCCAAACUGAAAGCAUAA